UUCUUUUGUAGGGUUGAGAAGGAGACGGGCGUGCCAGUGCAGCCGAUAAUGGCGACAGAAGAGCAGCAGGCUCAAUUGCGGGAUGGCAGUAGACCUCUGCCGAAAGGCGUGGUGCUUGGGCCUGAUGGCAAGCCAUGCAAAACCUGCACCUCCGGUGCUGCAUGGAAGGCGAUGAUGAAACAGAGUACGAAAGGUAGCAGUCCAUUCGCUUCGAUAGCUCAAGCCCAGACCCAGGCGCAGACCGCAUCGACAUCAGAUUGUCCAGCAGACGUCGAGGAGCUCGGGCGAUCAACUUGGACGUUACUCCAUACCAUGACCGCCAACUAUCCCGAAAAGCCAUCCUUCGUACAGCAAUCCGAGACCAAGCAGUUCUUGAGUCUAUUUGGGAAAAUGUACCCGUGCUGGGUUUGCGCAGAUGAUUUCCGAGCUUGGAUGAAAGACGGCAAUGAACCUCAAGUCAGUAACAGAGAAGAGUUUGGACGCUGGAUGUGCGAAGCGCAUAAUGCGGUCAAUGUCAAACUUGGGAAGAAGAGCUUCGAUUGUAAUUUAUGGGAACAGCGAUGGCGGACAGGAUGGAAAGACGGAAGAUGUGAUUGAUGAUACGAUGGAGUUGCUUUCAUGAGUGUAUGGCCGCAUAGCGCUGGCGUUGAAAGAGGAUGUCAUACUCAGCUCUACAGCAGCAGACACCUAUAUGGCAGAUUCACGAUAGAGAAUCGAUUGAGGAUAUC